AUGGGAGGUAAGUGUUCGUUUAGUUUCUUGUUUGUUUUCAACUUGUUCAGAAGUAACAAGAAGACGAAAGGAGGUCGUAGUGAUGGCCGUGAGAUUGUGCGUGAUUGGCCUAGUGAUUAUGACAAAGGGACUUGGGGGGUGGCUUCACCCAAUAUUGACACCAAAGCUCGAGUUUUCAUUGAUAAGCAAAAGAACCGU